AUGCAUAAUAAACUUUCAAUUUUAACUUUUCUUAUUGGGUUCUUGGUCAACAAAGCAUUUGGUUUUGCAAAUAUUUUAUCUGGUGCUUUCUUAGCUACUUACUCUAUUAUCCAUACAAUACAAGGUAUGUACGUGAACAUUCAUCACCUUAGUAACUCAUUUGACUUGUCAUUACAAGCUUAUCAAUCAACCCAUCUCUAUAAUCCCGAACUUGGCACUGAAAAUCUUAUUCCAAACCUUCCAGAGUCAACAUAUCAUGGCCUUAUGCAUCCAUCAGUAAUGUAUCUACAUCCAACACUACCUCACCAACAUCAUAUUAACUCAUUUAUGCAUCAUAUGCAUGGUAGUUCUGAUAAUUUAAACUAUAAUAUGGACUUAAAGAGUCAUCACGACCAAAACCUUGAAAUUAACGGGAAUAACAAUUACCAACAUGACGGACAUUUAGGAACUUAUCAUGGGAUAUUGGGUUCUAUUAAUAAUGGUCCUCUUAGUACUAGUGAAUUUCAUAGGAACAUAUUUCAUAAUGUCCACUCUGAUACUGGCACUAAUGCGGAUAGCGUAUCCAUAUCUAAUACUCCAAAUAUGGCUACUCCAAUUUCACAUAAUUCUAUAAUAAAUAGUUAUGUAGUAUCUAUCUUAUCGAAGAACGAUUUACAUAAUAUAAUUUCUAGUGAUUAUACUCACUCAUUAAUUGUACAUAAUGGGCAAUCUUUACAAGAUAAUGGUGCUAAUUCAGGUAUGGAAGCAGCAACAGCUAAUUCUAAUCCGGGAAACCAGCCCAAUCAAUCUAUGGAAUUUAUAGAAGUAUUUAACUACGUCACCCCAUUUAUAUUUUUGACAUCUGGGAUAACGUCUCUUAGUAUUGGACUACUAACUCUACAUACUAAAAAAAGUAGAAAAAGAAAGCUUUAUUUGGUAAGAUAA